AUGGAAGACCAGAACAAGCUGAGUUUCCCAUUGACUGUCCUGCACAAGAUGUUAAAGCUGGCCCCAAAUAGUCCUCACUCCUGCUAUAAACUGGAAGUGGUCGCUGCAGACUGUAACAGUGAGCUGUUAGGCUCAGAUCUGGUUGUUGCUCUGGGAUUUGACCUCUCUUCUAUGGAGAAAAGGUUACAGAGCCUGGAGAAAAGAAUCCUAACUGAAGCAGCAGAGACUCCUGUCAUUGUGUAUGAGAUGAAGAGACAGGUGGAGUCAUUCAGAGAGAAACUGGAGAGUGUUGAGCACCUGAGCUGGUUGGGAUUGUUUAAGGACAUGUCAGAAGGCACCCACAAGCCCUCCCCUUUCUACCAUAAAAGAACCCUGCGCAAGACCCGUGAGGAGUGUGAGCACGUCAGGGAAAAGUUCCUCCAAAUGAGUCCUCUGGAGGUUUCUGAAGAGGUGAGACAGUAUCUUAAAACACCAACCUUUGAUAACUGGCAAUGGGAGGACGCUGAGAUCAUGGUGCUGCUCCAGGUGAUGUACACAGAUCUGGACUUCAUCUCCACCUUCAACAUUGAGCUGGACGUGCUGCAGCAGUUCCUUUAUGAAGUGUACCGACGCUACAAUAACAUUCCCUUCCACAACUUCAAACACUGCUUCUGCGUCACUCAGAUGAUGUAUGGACUGAUAUGGCUAACAGAUCUCAGAAGCGAGAUGGACAGUAUUGACCUCCUCAUCAUGCUAACCUCAGCCGUCUGUCACGAUCUAGAUCACACCGGCUACAACAAUGCAUACCAGAUUAAUGCACGCACUGAGCUCGCCUUGAGGUACAAUGACAUCUCCCCACUGGAAAAUCACCACUGCGCUGUAGCUUUUGAAAUCUUGGAAAAGACUGAAAGCAACAUUUUCCGAAACUUGUCGACAGAGCAAUUCAAAAGAAUAAGAGAGGGCAUAAUUAAGUGUAUUCUUGCCACUGAUAUGACCAGACAUACUGAGAUCCUCAACAAGUUCAAAGCCAUUCUCCCUGUGUUUGACUUCAGCGACAAAGAUCACAGAGAUGUGUUGAUGAUGAUCAUGAUUAAAGUAAGUGACAUCUCCAAUGAGGCGAGACCCAUGGAUGUGGCAGAACCGUGGCUGGACUGUCUGCUGCAGGAGUUCUUUAAUCAGAGUGACAUGGAGAAGUUGGAGGGUCUUCCUGUCACUCCGUUCAUGGAUCGAGACAAAGUGACUAAACCGUCUUCUCAGACUGGAUUCAUUCGAUUCGUUCUCUUUCCGCUCUUCACUGAACUGGCCAAUCUGUUCCCUUGUCUGGAGCAACACAUCAUUGACCCUGUGCAGAAAGCCCUGGAUUAUUACACAGAGAUGGAGAAAGCUCUGGAGAGGGAGAAACAGAACUGGACCCAGAGUGAGAAGAUGGUCAAGCCCAGCAACUUAAAAGAGCCAGAAGCUCAUCCAGAACCUGGUGGAAUGACAAAACCAGUCAACUUAUAAUCUAACCUCACACUGUUAAAUGU